AUGCUGGCUAAGAUCCUGUCUCACCUCCUGGGCAGUGCUGUGGACGAGCUCGAGGCUGCAGAUACUGUCGAGGAGCUAAUGGAGCUUGAAGAAGGAGAGUGGGUCGUUGUCAAUCUGGCAGCAGAUCACGUGCAGUUCGCCAUGCCGGAGGUGGACCCUCUGGAGAACCUGCUGAUCGAGCAUCCCAGUAUGUCCGUGUACCAGUUCAGGCAGAGGGUCACUGGAGCUGAGGAAGAGGAGGAGGAGGAGGGCAGCUCUGAGGAGGAGGAAGAGGACUCUGCAAGGCCUGUGGCGGUGAGGCGGCAUCUCUCCUGGCACCUGGCUGCCUGGGGGCUCCCUCUGCCCUGUGACCUGCCGCUGGCGACCCUGCAGAGGGCCAAGACUCAGGACGAACGCAGGAAGCUGAGCCGCAGCGCCAUCCACCGUCAGAACAUGGUCAAGACCCGAUUCUCUGCUGCCGACCGCCGCUAUGGCCACUUCAAGCAGCCGUGCCAGCGCCUGUACAACUACUGA